AUGGUAGGCCGCAUCAUUGACACGGUCAAGGAGGACCACAGAACGCUGGAAGCGUGCUACGCUCGCAUCGUCGACGAGUCCGACAGGAAGGAGCAAAUUCGAUUCCAAAACCUUUUCACCUGGGAGCUGGCUCGUAACUUAGUCGGGAAAGAAGUUGUCCUUUACCCUGCAUUGGAGAAACAUCUGCCAGAUGGGGCUGCUAUGGCUAGUCAAAACCGGAAUGCGAACCAUACUAUCAAGGAGGACUUAAAAAAAUUCCAGAGUCUGGAUCCUUCGAAUUCCGAAUACACCCCAUCUAUUCAAAGUCUGAUGAGCCAUCUAAGGCAGCGUAUCACGGAUGAGGAAACAAAUCAACUCCCUAAAUUGGAGAAGGCAUUAACUGAAAAAGAAAGCACUCACCUUUCCCGGUCGUUCAGCUGGACCAAGAUCUUUCUUCCCACGCGAGCCCAUCCCGAUGCACCGAGUAAGCCGCCGUUCGAGACCGCCGUGGGAUUGGUGACCGCACCUUUUGAUCAGUUGGCGGAUUUGUUUCGCAAGUGGCCUCAGCAUGCAUAA